AUGGAGGGGCGGCGCUGUGGAGUGACAGAGAGGGAGAGCACCGAUUGCAUUGGAUUCUCGUCAAGGCCGGAACGGAGUCUCUGGCGGCCUAUGAUGGCGUCGAAGUGGGGGACUCAGGGGGAGACCAACAAAGAUGAGAAGCUAAUGUUUCGAAAAACGUUUCAUAAGAAAAGCUCUUCUCCAGACAUGAUACGUGACACCAUGAAAUUGGAAGGUGAGGAAGUGAAGAAGAAGAGCCAUGAUAUAGGACAUAGUGACUCGAAUUAUGUGUGGAUUCCCCAUGACAGAACAGGAAUUUAUUACCCAAAAGGUCAAGAGAAAGUGAUGGAGGAUGUUCCUCCGGCAGCCGUCAAGGACGUCGGGGUUAAUUGGUUUUCAUACAACGAGGAUAUAUAG